CGCAUUCGUCUCCAUCCUCCACCACGGGACUGGGGGGCGAUGAUAUAUGCAGGCUCUCGCCAUUUGAGAGGUUUGCUAUAACUAUUUCUCUCUCUCUUUUGCGCUUAACUCCGCUCUAUUUCAGUGAAGGAUGAUCAGCUCCGCCGCUACAUCUCACAAGGUCCUAAGCAAAAUCGCCAGUGGCCGGCUCCAGAAGGAGCUUGUCGAAUGGCAGGUCAACCCUCCUUCUGGCUUCAAGCACAAGGUCACUGAUAAUCUCCAGAGUUGGAUCAUCGAGGUUGUUGGAGCCGCGGGGACACUCUAUGCGAACGAGACGUACCAACUCCAGGUCGAUUUUCCUGAACACUAUCCCAUGGAAGCACCGCAGGUUAUUUUCCUCCCGGCCGCGCCCUUGCAUCCUCACAUUUAUAGCAACGGUCAUAUUUGUUUAGAUAUCUUAUACGAUUCAUGGUCACCGGCAAUGACUGUGAGUUCUAUCUGCGUCAGCAUUGUAUCCAUGUUAUCAAGCUCCACCAGAAAGCAACGCCCUGCAGAUAAUGACCGCUAUGUCAGGAAAUGCAAGAAUGGCAGAUCUCCUAAGGAAACAAGGUGGUGGUUCCAUGAUGACAAAGUCUGAAAAUCUAUGGUAUUUCCAGUCAUCAUUUCAAACCUCUCUUACAGAUUCUGAAGUUUUUUUUCAUUGAGGGUUUCUGAACCUUUUAUAGAAGUGAUCCAUGGUGUUUGUAAAGGAAAAAAAGUUGUAUUAAUAAUGUCAUAUAAGAGCUGUAAUGUUUUAUGAUGUCGAAUGUUGGUCAUUAAAAGAGAAAUAUAAUACUAAGUUAAGUGUUGCAAAUA